UCAAAAGCGGAGAAAAAUCACUCACUUGUCACCUCACUGGAAUGAACAGUGAACAACACAGAGUUAAAUGAUUGAAACAAAAUUAAUCGGCCAUUUUCCCCAUCAACAACAUCUCCAGCAUCAACUAAGAGAAGUUAAUUCGUUGAAGUUCUGAUAAAUUAGGGGACAAUUGUGUAAUUAAAUGUGAGAAAAUAGAAAGCUUUUUGUGCACACUUUGUAAGGGAUCUCAAAUAAUUGAUUUUCUGAAUAAUUCAACUAGAAGCUUGAUAAAAUUCAAAUCAGGAAAAAAUGACAGCCGUCGAUGAAAGAACGAUAUAUGCAAAGCUCGAAGCAAUGAAGGAUAUCCGUUCAAAAACCCUUCAGCUAGAGAAAGUCAAACUGAAGAUAAUACGUGAGGUGGAAAACGGCGAUGCGGAAGAAAAAUGUCUCUCGGAGUAUCGCCGAGAACUGGAACUGCUAAUGCAGGAGAAAAUGAGUCACGUCGAGGAACUACGACAGAUCCAUGCCGACAUAAAUGCUAUGGAAACCGUAAUCAAGCAAGCCGAGGAGAAUCGAAUCCGUUCAAUCAAUAUGGCUAACCGCUUCCAUGAAGAAUACGUCCCCCUAAAAACCGAAGUGGACACCAUGCGUCGCGAAUAUCUGGGCCUGGAACGACUGCCUGAACUGCACGAGGAAGAGGGAUCGAUUAUCUCUCCAGACCGCUUCCAAAAUUACUACACCGGCAAUAAAGCUCUUACGGCACCAACGGCCGCAUUUGCCCGACCCGCCCUUUCCGCCCAUCAUCCAUUGCCUCCUGAUGGCCCAGUCACAGCUCUGCCACCGUCGGCUCCGCCUGGCUUCCUGCCACCACCACCCGUAGCCAUGCGCAUUAACAAACCGCCGGAAAUGCCCACCAACCGGCUGCAGCCGGCACCGUCGUCCAUCGGAAUCGGCCAUCCUACGUUCAGGUCUGAUUUCAAUGUCAAUCUGAGACAACAACCACCGCCGAUGAAGUCGUGUCUUUCAUGUCACCAGCAGAUCCAUCGCAAUGCGCCGAUUUGUCCGCUGUGCAAGGCCAAGAGCCGAUCCCGGAAUCCGAAGAAACCGAAGAAGAAGGAGCACUGAGAGGGGCUGAAUCUCACACCACAUACCGGCCAGUGAACCUAUGAAUCGUUGCAUUUAAUAUUUUACCUAUACGCCACAAUUAUUGUUCUCGUCAACACAGAAUGGAUCGCGCUAAUCUAUUUUGGAACUGAUUCUGAAUGCAACGUUUUCAUUUCAUUUUUGUGUUAAUUUUUACUUCCUCAGUUAUUUUAAACAAACUAUUAUGAAUCCAUUUAACUCGAAUGACAUUAUGUAUCAUUAAUCAUUGCAAUUUAAUGCAUAAUUAUUAUUUUAAAUCAUGAAAAACAAACAAAUAUAGUAGAUUUAAGCUUAUACAACAAAAUUAUAAUCGCCAAUCGUAGCAAGUAAAUACAAUAAUGAGUGAAAUGGUUUAAAUACCAACUUCCGGAUGGUCAUUUUCAAUAAACGAUAAUCAAUACUAAUCACACCAAAACCCAAAUGCAAGGAUAACCAAA